UCCCUGGUAGUUCGAGCAAUGGCGAUUUCGAGCGAACAAGGCGUUGAAGCCCUAAACCGUUUGAGAUCAACCGAGCCCCCCUUAUGGCUUGCUCCGUCAACCUCACUCGCUGAAGCAGCACGGGCGGCCUCACAGCAUCUCUUCUAUGUCCUCAGACCCCACGCCCCGAAGUCUCCGUUCGAUGAGCUCCUGAUCAAUGGUUUCGAUGCCGAGCAGAUUUGGCAGCAGAUCGACCUCCAGUCCCAGCCUCUUCUUUCCGGGCUUCGACGUGACAUCAGGAAGUAUGAGAAGAACCCGGAGGAAAUUGCGAAGAUUGGGAAGGUUGUUGAUGAUGAGGAUGGCAUGGAUGUGGAAGAUUCUUAUGAUGACUAUGAGGAGGACGAGGUUGGGGAAGGAGAGGAUAACGAAGGAGGUGAGGAAACAGAGAGUGAAGAGGGUGGAAGUGAUGAGGGAGAACAGGAGAAUGGGAAAGGAGGAGUGAUAGAGGACGGAUUCUUGAAGAUAAAGGAAUUGGAGGAGUUUAUGGUGGAGGAUGAAGCUAGGGAGUACGGUUUAGAAACAGAAAAGAAGAAGAAGAACAAAAAGAAGAAGAGCGUUCACGAUAGUGAUGAAGAAGAAGAGGAGGACAAAGGAGAAAAACAAAAGAGAAAAGAUGAUGCCGAAGAAGAAGAUGAUGAGAUUGACUUUUUUGGUUAUGGGGGUGAUGAAGAUGAUGGCUUGGACAACGCCAGAUAUGAAGAUUUCUUUGGGUCAAAAAAGAAUAAGGUUUCGAAACAAAAAUCUAAACCAAUUGAGGUCUCAGGAGAAGACGAAGACGAAGACUCAGAUGAUGGACAAGAUGAAGAUGAGAGAAACGAUAAUCUUUCUACACAUGAUGGCUCAAAAGAACUCUCAGACUCAGAUGAUGGACAGGAUAAGGAUGCGGUUGUAGAGAACAAGAGAAACAAUAAUCUUUCUACACAUGAAAAACAACUUAAGAAGCUUCGAUCAGAAAUCGAGAAGAAUGAGAAAGCAAAUUUGGAGCCAAAAACUUGGACCAUGCAAGGAGAGGUAACUGCUGCAAAAAGGCCUAAGAAUAGUGCACUAGAAGUUGAUUUAGACUUCGAGCAUAAUUUAAGGCCUGCUCCUGUAAUCACAGAGGAGGUUACAGCAUCACUUGAGGAGAUUAUUCAGAAAAGGAUUCUUGAGGAACGGUUUGAUGAUGUUCAAAAGGUACCUAGCUUCCUCGUUAAAGCACCAAGAGAACUCAAGGAGUUGGAUGAGAAUAAGAGUAAGAGGGGUCUUGCUGAAGUUUAUGAGGAGGAAUUUGUCCAGAAGACAGAUCCUGCUUCUGCUCCACUGUCUUUCUCAGAUGAACAGAAGAACGAGGCAAGAACGCUGUUCAAGAAAAUAUGCUUAAAGCUGGAUGCUCUUUCUCAUUUCCACUUUGCUCCAAAGCCUGUUAUAGAAGAUAUGUCUAUACAAGCAAAUGUCCCUGCUCUUGCUAUGGAAGAGAUUGCACCUAUGGCAAUAUCAGAUGCUGCCAUGCUGGCUCCAGAGGAAGUGUUUGGUGGUAAAGGUGACAUCAAAGAAGAAGCAGAACUGACGCAAGCCGAGAGAAAAAGAAGAAGAGCAAACAAGAAAAGAAAAUUCAAGUCUGAAGCAGCAAAAAGGCCAGCCAAGAAGACACGAGAGAGCACUUUACAAAAUCACAAUGGCAAGGAGGAACAAUGAAAAUUUUCAAUCAACAUCCACAUUCAGGGAGAGAUCCAUUGAAACGGAAGGGAAGAUAAAACUCUUGGGAGAUGGGGAUUGAGGAGGCUGGGGUGGUAGAAGAUGACCCUUGAGAAGGCCAACUAUGCAUUCAUGUAUUUCCAGGUUUUGAUGAUUAUACAUCAAAGAGCACCAUAGUAGAACGAGGUGAAAGGGUGGGAACUCGCUUAAUAUUGAAGCUUUUUGCAGGAUGGUGGUUUUUUUCUAGGCCAAUUGAUUGCUGUUGUGUGUGUGUGACCUUACUUGAGCAGCGGCCUGAUCACCUUUUACUUGGGUUCUUUAUCGACGCUGGUCGGGUUUGCUCCAUGGCUUUGUACGUUGAAUGUCUAGGAAUUUUGUCUUCUCAGUCGAGAUCUAUUUUGUUCUGAAACCAUGCAUUCAAGCUUCUGCAGUACUCUAUCAUUACAUAAUUUAUUUCAUACUAAUUGAUAAUGGAACGAAAGUGAACUAGGGAUGGA